AUGGCAAAGGCAUACACGCAGGAUGAUUUCGAUGAGUUAAUGGGAAAGGUUCAAAAGGUAGAUAUGCGCGUGGCAGAGUAUUUGGAAUCGGCUGGUAGAGAAAAGUGGGCUAGAUUGUAUGCAUCUGUUAACCGAGGGUGGACAAUGACUUCUAACAUAGCAGAGUGCAUUAACCGACAUCUUCUAGCAGCUAGAGAACUGCCUAUACAUGACUUUCUCGAAGAAGUUAGAAGGAUGUUUGGGAGAUGGAAUUAUAAUAACCGGAGAAAUGGAACAUACAUGUUCACUACACUCGUUAGUGUUAAUGUAGAACCGUCAACAGAAUUCGUGUACACAGUACAUGAUGGAGGACGACGAUUCAUUCUUAAUUUGAAUAGCAAAACUUGCAGUUGUCGUAUGUUUCAACUAGAUGAAAUCCCCUGCCCGCAUGCAUGGGCUGUCAUUAAAAAGAAAAAUAUGGUUGCUGAGGAUUAUUGCUCUGAUUUGUUCAAACCGGCGACCGUGUUGAAGACAUAUGAUGUACCUGUGGAUCCUUUACCCGACGAGCGUGAAUGGAACAUUCCUAACCACAUCUUGGAGGAUGUGGUUUUGCCCCCAAGAUACAAGAGACCGCCUGGUAGGCCAAAGAAGAGGCGUGAUAAGCCUUUAAGUGAAUUGUUGUUUGGAAAGGGCAGACAUGCUUGCACUACUUGUGGACAAGCUGGGCACAACAGACGUUCAUGUAGUUUUGAACCUCUGAGGAAGUGA